GCGUAUGCAGAAAUGAAGGAAAAUAAAGAGAAAAGGAGAGACCUAGAAAAGAAAGAAAGAGAAAAGGAAUACCAAGCCCGAAAGAUGCAUUACCUCCUUAGCACCGAGCAGAUCGCAGGAAUAUACAAUUCACCAUUCAGAAAAUCCCCAGAUCCAAUGGAACUGCUGCUACGAAAGUCAAAGCCAUUGAGCCACAGACGGCGCCAAAUGAAUAGUCCCUUCACCUCUGAGCUCUAUGACUGGCCAACUUGUACAAAGGCUCCAACCUUCUCGACAGCACAGCCUCUGCCACCUAUUGGCAGACCGAAACCUCAGGGGCCUUUCCGUGAUACCGCUGAGGUAUUGCGGCAGCGCUACAAGCCUUUGGAAACAACCUUGCGAGUGGCAGCAUCAAUCAAUUCACCACUAGAGAAGGCCAGAGAGGAAAUGAAAAGGGAGGAAUGGAGAAACCGUAUACAUGACAAUGAAUUUCUGCCAUUUUCUUCAUAUCAUAAAAAUAAGAAGUAUGAACCAUCAAUUCAUAGAUCAGGCAAAUAUGGCCAAGAAACCUAUGGAAUUAAACACUUCCGAGAAGUACAGCCUAAGAAGUGGGUAGCAGACAAGGACUUUCAAACAGUGUUACCAUCGAUUGUUCUCUUUGAAAAGUUUGGAAAAACUUAUUCCAGAACUGGGCAAAUAGUGUAA